AAAGAUCUUCACGGCCGUGUGUUAUCCUGAAUCCUUGCUCGCGGCGGCGGCGGUGAGAGCGCAGGCAGCAGCAAUGGCGACCGCGGCGGCGACCAUGAACAUGGCUACGCACCACCCCCGCGCCCGCACCCGCGCCCGCCUAUACGUCUGCGCCGCCUGGGACAUGAACCCGGGCGCCGCCACCGUGGCUGUGCCCAAGCCCUCCAAGGCCAAGCCGAAGCCGCCGCCGACCCCGGCCCGCCCGCCUCCUCCGACCCACGCCGACCUCUUCGCGCGCUCCAGCGAGGGUCAAGAUACAGGAGCAGUAAAGAAGAGCACAUAUAUGGGCUUUGAGAAAUGGUGGUUGCCACCGCCACCGGAGGUGAAGAAACCCCGAUCACUCUACAGUGCUGCAUCACUGGCUUACUUGGGAGACUGCAUAUAUGAACUUUAUGCUCGGAGGCACUUCUUCUUUCCACCUCUGAGCAUCAAUGAGUACAACAAACGCGUGAUGGAUGUUGUAAAGUGUGAGUCACAGGAUCUUUUGUUGAACAAGCUUCUUGGAGAGGAUUUUCUAACUCAAGAAGAAAGGGACAUACUUCGCUGGGGGAGGAAUAUUGUUAGCAGCAAAACUCGCACCAGAAAACGUGCAGGAAUUGCAGUCUACAAUCGGGCAUCUUCACUAGAAACACUGAUUGGAUACCUUUACCUCACAAAUUUCAAGCGGUUAGAGCAACUGAUGUUUCAAUUAGGCUUCACAAGUGGCGCCUCUUCACAACAUAUUGCAGAUGAGCUGCGCUCAAGCUUCCAGAAAACAACCCCUACUUCUGCCGAAGCUCAGCAACCUGCCACGCAGUGAACAUUUCCGAGGGGUAAUGAACCUGGUAUCACUUGCACAAGGAGUUCUCUUGUAGUCCAGCGACUGACAUGGGAAUGCAUGGCUUGCGGCAUAUCAGGGUCCAAUAGUAAGGCUGGAAUCAAAAGGUCUGGAAGUUCUGUAUAUUCACGAAUGGAGCAACAUGAUUGUUGAGGCGCGCACAUACACCGGACAGUCUGCCGGGAACCAAGGACUUAUGUUGGGGAGGUCUGGGGCUUGUGACUAGGAAUGAUUAGUUUGCUAUUGCAAAGAAGCUCCAGUUUUGUCUGGUGACAGGCAAAUAGAAUUGAGGCCCAAUUUGGGGUGAUGUAAACUGUAAUCGACCCAAAUUCGUGUAGGAAAUAAACCGCUUCAUGGGAAUUUGUUUGCAGAACCAGUGAAAAUUCCACUUGAAAAAACAUGCAUGCCGUUCUGUUUUUUCUGUAA